AUGGUCUUGCCGAUCGUGGAGGAGAUUCGGCCGUUACCCACGAGCCUCCCGGCACGCGCGCCGGCUGUCCUUGAAGGCUCUGGGCGAUGGAGGUUUGCUUCCAGAAGCUCAGAGUGCAACUUGACACAGCACUACACCGAGCUGAAGGAGCAGGCAAUGUGCUCCGGGAUCGAAAUCAGCAAGCUGAAGGGACAGACCUUCGAAACCGUGCCGAAUGGAAAGCUGAUGGCCGUCAACCAGAGAUGCAUGGUCUAUGUCAUGAAAGACGGCUUUCUGCGGGUCAUCAACCAGAGUGGCACUGAUCAUUUCAAGCUGGCGAAUUCCUCAAAGGCUCGGGUGCUCGAUGUUGCGCUGACUAGGGAUGCCUCGGAAACGAAGGACAGCCGCGAGGAUUCGACCCACAUUCUUCUGUGCCUGGAUGAAGCCGGCUGCGUCACCGUCUUCUUUGUCGAGGCCUGCAAGAAAGCGCUGCCUGGCCGCCUGCAGCAGAUCGACAUCAUGCUGAGCAGCUUGCAGCCACGACGGUUGGCCAUGCACCCAAAGGACAGCACUUGCUUUGUUACGGUGCACUCGACCGCAAUCCGACUCUGGGACGUCGCGCGGCUGCGCGCGCAAUGCAACGCCCAAGGCUCCAUCGCGAAAGUCUUCUCAGACCCGGAAGAUGCACAUUGCUGCGACGUGGCCCACUUGCCCAAGGUGACGGCCCAUACGGGCGCCGAUCCGGAGAAUCGCAUCCUCGACGUCUCCUUCACGGUGGAUGGCAGCUGCAUUGCCGCCAUCACCAAGGACUGCCUCUUCGUGUGGCAGCUCGCCACUCUGGGGCGACAAGGACUUCGACUCAUCCAGCAGCUCACGAUCGACGCGGCCACCUCUCAGGACAUCUGGCAGGAGGGCCCCGCCUCCAUCCGAUUCCUGGCAGAACGCCAACGCAGCGUGGAGGUCGAGGCAAUGGUACUGGCCGGGGCCGAUGGUUGCAACCUUGCAGUCUACGCGUUCACCAGGGGCAGCCCCCAACCGGUCGGCCACCUUUUGCAGCACAUCUGCUUUGGAACCCGAGGCUCCGGCGUGAGGGCCGUGUUGGAGGUCGACAGCAUCAUGCCCACGUCCCUGGCAUUGACAUUCUGCGAGAAAAACUGCUCCGCGGUGCUGCCGUUGGCAACUCACUUUUCUUCGUCCUCAAGGAUCGCUUUUCCCUAUGUUCAGCGCUUCGUCCACGAACUGCCGGCAUUCCACUUGGCCAUUAUGACUGCCCUGGACAGCAAGAACGUACGCACCCUAUUCCUGUACCGGAUCGUUCUCAGACGACGGGAACAGGGCGCUACUCAGAGCAAGCACGAAGUGAUCGUGCACACGCCGGUCAGAUCCGAUCUGCUCGCUCCAGAGGAGGCCCCGGAGCUUGCCAGUCCCAGUCCCAGCAGCUCUAGCGACAAAGGUCCGCCGGAGGAGGAUGAGCCGGCGGUGGUUGACGGCUGGGCGAAUGGCGCCCAGAGCGGAAGUGGCGCCGACGCCGAGGUUGAGGACAAGGUCGGCGAUGGAUCCGGCGACGGACUGCCAGCCGAUUCGGCCGGCAGCGCCACGAAGAAGCCGGAGGAGUUUGUGAAGCGGAUUGCAGCCUCGUUCGUCCUCGGGCUUUCCAAGAAGAAAGAGCACCUCGCAGACAAGAUAGUUCAAGAGGUUGUGAGCCUCUUGAAGAACAACGGGAGCGCUGGCCAGUCGGAUCCGGCCAUGAUGGACCAGGUACUUGCCAAAGUGCGAGAGGCCCGCGAGGUCCAAAAAGACAGCGACAAGAAGCUGCAAGAUGCAGUGCGAGAGGCCACCGAUGCCUGGGCAGAGACUUCUGCGGCGAGCAUGUCGUCUCUGAUGUCCAAGGAGUUUGGGAAGAUGUCUCAGGGAGUGGCCUCGAACCUGGCGCAGCAGCUCUCCCAAUCUCGGAAGUUCUGCGAGACCUUGGCAAGAGGCGUUCACAAGUGCGGUGCGGCCGCAACCAAGCAGGCCUUGGAGUCCUUUCGGCCGCCCAAACAGCUCCAGGAGGCCGUGGGUGCCGCCCUUGGGGAGGCUCUCCAGGAGUCUCUCGCACCAGUUUUCAAGGCGGAAAUCCAGUCACACUUCGAGAACGAGCUCGGGCCCUUGAUCGGUCACCGGGUCAGCGAGAUGCUGACCGCUUUCCGGGACUCCAUGACGGACUGCCUGGAGUCCAUCGCUGCGGAGCACGAGCAGGCGGCCGAGCGACUCGGCAGAGACUUGGCCCCGCUCAUAGCAGAGGAGCUGAGACAGGUUCGGCACUUGGUGCAGUCCUCGUCAGGCGGAUCCAGUACCAUGCAGGAGGCAGAGUUGGAGGAGCUCGUGCGAGCUGUGGAGAUGGAGGUUGUCCAGCCCUUGCACGCGCGAGUCAAGGAGCUGACUGCACAAGUUCAGGCAUUGCGUGAAGAAGCGGUGGAGCUUCAGCGUCGCAGCGCAGAGAGCCAAGGUGUGCGAGAGGUCACCCCCGCGUCUGAGGCUGCGCAGGCGAAGGAGCUGGAGAGCAUGUUUCGUCACGGUCGUGUGGAAGACGCUUUUCUGCGUGCUAUCCAAAAGCAGCGCCAAGCAAGACACUGUGAUUUCCUGGAGUGCCUUUGUGCUCUUGUGCCAGAGCCGGAAGCCUGGCUCACAGAGGAUUCUUCUGGAAGCCCGAUUUCUCCUCAGGUCAAGAUGAAGCUCAUGCACGCGCUUGCACUACAGUUGUCCGAGAGGCUGGAGGAGCCGGUCUUCCUACGGAAGGUGGAUUGGAUACAAGAGCUCUGGCUGGCCAUGGACCUGGAGGACGAGGCUGUGGAUCGCCAGGCCAAAGGCCUCUGUGCUCAGCUCAUCGAGGCCUUGGACAGCGCGCAAGCUGAAGGGGCUUCGAAAGAGCAGGCACUCCGGAAGCUGAAGCGCACACUGCAACAAGCGGCGAAGAUGCUUGCACGCGACUGA